GGGAAACGACAAAAGACGGAGACGUACAAAAGCUCAGUUCGCAAUAGGGGAUCAGAGAAUUUGGACGUGGCAGUUCAUAGUGUUUUUUUUUCUUCUUUUUUCAUUGGUUAGCCUAGGUAGGAUAUUAGGCAGCAUAGUAGCAAGAGCUUGGUGGCGCAACCCACCGCCCCGUUCCAAAGGGGACGCUCAUAACAUCCAUCCAUGCACUUCGGAUUGGCGUCGUUCUCGGGGAGACAGGUUUUCACAUCCCGAAACUUGGCUACGCUUCGCCAUCCCUUUAGCUGAUCGUAGCUGAUCUUUAUUUGAAUGAGUUUUGCAAAGAGGCGAACUCACGAGUACAAAGAGAAAUGUUGACACCGGCGUUCGAGCUAAAACAAGAUGACGACUUCUUAAUAAUUGAGAUCAAGGCACCGUACUCUAAGAUUUCGGAGGCGGAGAUCUACUUCUACGAAGAGGAGUUCAAGUUUUACUCCAAGCCGUACUACUUAAGGGGAGACCUUCAGAACAUCAGGCAGUGUGGCAAGAGCUGGUCCUGCGUCACCAAAAUCCCGUCUGUGAAUAUCAAACUGCACUUGCCUGGAAAAGUGGUUGAAAAUGGUCGCGAGAUGGCAAAAUAUAUCUCUGACAAUGGCACAUAUGUGGUUCACAUGCCAAAGCAGAGUCCAGGGCAGGUUUUCACUGACCUGGAUCUUUUGACCAAGCUCUUAGCACCAAGUCCGAGGGCAGCAUCUGCAAGACCGGUGAUAGAAGUUCUUGAGAACCGGUCUGCCACUGACGAGGAGCCACCUGAAGUGGAAGAGGACUGGCACGUGGAACAAAUGCCAUGGACGCCUCAGGAUGAAGUCUCUCUGCUAGAGGGCAGUGUCCGGAAGUAUGGUUUUGACAGGCAAAGGACAGGUGUCAUCGCACGUUUCAAGGAGGAGAUGUCUGACCUGGUGGACAUUGCUGAUCCUGAACGCAAGAGUGUCCAGGAAGCCCGGAAGGAGCGUCUGGAGGCAGAAGAGGGCCACUUCAGUGCAGAACACUACCUAGCUGACCGUUAUGAACCUGCUGGCGUGGAGCAAAUCUUGGGCUAUGAGGCCCCCUGGUGGAACCUGGCAGCGUGCUUGGAUGGCAGCGGUGAUACAACUGAGGACCUCUUUAGUUUCACAGAAGAAGAAAAGACCAAGAUGCGUACUCUUCCCCACAAGGAAUAUCUGCUGGACAAGCAGCUGGAGCUGUCCCUGCAGCUUGGCCUGGUGGAUAUCCUGUUCGCUUAUGCCUACAACAAGCGGGUCACUGAGGGCGAAGAUACGGUGGAGUCUGGUUGGAACAUAAGCAAGAUCAGUGCAACGCUGUCAUGGUUUGAGGAGUUCUGGUCCUUGGAGCAGACGGUCAGGAGCUGUUUUCGGCGGUGCCUCACCUACCCACUGUACCGUCACUGGGGUCUCACUUAUGCUGUGCUCCGGGAUGUCAUUAAAAUCCUGCAGCUGGGUCCCCGGUAUGUUCUCAGAUGCCUUCUUGAAAUCCAUGACAUAUUCAGCCAUCAUGACUCCAGGUACAUCCUUAAUGAUCUAUAUAUCACAGAUUAUGCAGUGUGGAUACAGUCCAUUAGUCCAAAGCGCCUGCAGUCUUUAGCAAAUGCUCUGAAACAGGUUAAGGUUCGGAAAGCUGACCUAGGCCUGGACAUUCCUGAGCUUGAGCGUGGAGCGAAGCUCGCCAUUGCAGAAGCAGCUGUCGAGGAGGCCACAGCUUCCAACAGCAUCAGAGCAGCCAUGCAGGCACUGUGCAUCUCCAAUCCUCUGGCUUCAACAUGUGAAGGCACUGCUUCAAGUGCCAAUAACAUCAUUGCUGAACCGGAGAGUCGGCAUAAAGAUGAUGAUAAUGAUAGCACAAGCAGUGACAACAGCUCAUGGAGUGACAGUGAAAGUGACUCAUCGGACUCAACAAGUGAUUCGAGCUCAGAUUCGGAACUGGAUUCGGAUGAUGACAAAAUUGCUGCAGCUGGCAUGAGUCAUCGUGGUGACAGUGUGUCUGUGACCUCCAACAGUGAUUCUGACAGUGAUGACUCUGAUGGGAGCAGCUCAGGAGCAGAAGGUGUUGACCAGUGCCUGCUGUUUGUCAAAGAUGCUGAACCUGAGAAACGCCGCUAAUGAUUUCCACCUGAGAAACACUGAGUGCCUAAUUCAGAUGUCUGCCUGUGAAUUUGCGAAGCCUCUCGCUGAUUGCCCUGUGGCUCUUUCUCUCCUCAGGACAGUGCUUUGCAUGUUGAGGGGGGCGGUGGGGUGUGGUGCUGAGGAGCUUGGGUACAGCCACAUUAAGGACUACUUACUGCACUCUGUCGGCCUGCAUAAGCAUGUAGUGAUAUCCUCAGCCACCUGACACUUGGAAGCACACUAGUUGUUAAACUGCAGGCUGUGGUGUCUUGUAGAGAAUCUACUGUGUGAGAAAAUAUUGUGUUGGCCCUGCGCCCACUUGGAGUACCAGAAGGCUCAGUGGCAUGCAUCAGUGCAGUGGGUUGCCCUAGAAUGUUGCUCUUCACAGAGCAUUUAGACUGACGGCCGCCCUUUUUUCUGCUUAAGCUGCUGAAUAGCCACUGUGCAGCCAGAUGAUGGCAGGAAAUGAGUACCCGCACUGUGAAGAUGGUCGAGAGAAGUAGAAGCACAACUUAUUGGGCAAUAGGGUGUGCACUGUGCUUGCAUACACAGAAGCAUGGAAGUAGUUUGUUUUCUGUAAACUUAAAAGGAAACAGCGCAUAACAGUUCAGACUAAGCACUGAUCAUGAACAGAAUAUGUGAGGGCAUUGAAUAUGCCAUGGUUAGGUAAGACUGCAACACAGGGAGGAGCUGGAUGGAGUGGUGACAGAAUUCAUUGUGCCCUAGCCAGCCAGUAUUCACUUAUGAUCCUGUUUUGCUGACCCAAGCAAUUUCUACUCUCAAACAUAGCUUGGAUGAAGUAGACUGCAUGUUAACACACUUGCCAGUAAUUGAAAAACCCUAAUCUUUACAUUAGCGAAUAUCUAAGCAUUGUUAAGGAGCUGUGCAAGCCCAGUCUUGUGUUUCUUUGCACUGGAGCAUUACUUUACAUCAGUCCUGCUGAAUGUAGCUUGGCACACAAUGAGGUUCAAGCUAGCAGCAGCAUUUGCGAGAUGCAAAGGUUCGCGUGAGAAUGCUUAAUAAAAAAUAUAAUAAUAAUUUUAAAAAAGUGCACUUGUACUGUGCAUGUCAUGCCUGAGAAUAAGGAGCAGGGUGUGUGCCAAGGACUAUGUGGUUACAUAUUUCAGCUGAGGUGAGCUGUUUGUGCAACAUAGAUCACCCUGUGCCCUCACUCCCGUGCCUAUGUUUGAGCAAAAGCAUCUGUCAUGUUGUCUUUUUGAAACCUUUGUGCCAUUGCAGGGCUUUCCUCAUUCAAGGCACCUGCUCGUCUGCCCUGAAUUUUAAUCUGUGACUAGAUGUUAAAACAAGCUUUCUGAAUGCCUCAAAACAGGCAUUCAUAACCAUAGAUGAUCUGUGCAUGACAGGGUCACUUGUUUUACGGUGUAUUUGUCAAAUGUGCAUUUUGAUGUGUGUAUUUUAACUGAGAAUUCAACAUGCAUGUCUGCAAUGCCCUCAUACCUUACUUAAUGAAGUUGUAUCCACCACAAAAAUACCUUCAAUAUAUUUGUUAUUACAAGCAUACUCAGUGAUACCAGCAAAAAAAAAAAGAAAAAAAAAAGUAUUACGAUCGGGUCGAUGCAGAGCGGGAGGAGGAGGAGGAGGAGGAGGAACUUUAUUAUUGCAGAAACCGUUGCGCGGUUUAUUCCUGGGUGGUUCCCUCUGACAGGGCUCCACUGGCGAUCGCGGCUCGCCGUGCCUGGUCGAGGGUCGCCACUUGGCUUCCCACGUCCAGUUUGGAGAGUCUCGCCUCCCAAGACCACGUAGUGAGUGUGUGUGUUGUGACUCGUGGCGAAAUUGCCUUGCCCAGACGGUCGGUACAUUCGUGUGUUAUGUGCGUGAGUGUCGCUGUGUGGUUGCUACACCAGGGACAUGUCCGGGACAUAUAACGUAAAUGUAAACAUGAUGCCUAUAAAAACUCUGCAAAUAGUCUCCUGUGAA